GCCUGGAGCCCGAGCCGAGGCCGUGGCCGGGGCGGCGGCUCAGCGGAGCGCGGGAGCGGGGCGGGGCGGGCCGGGCCGGGCUCCAUGGCGCCAGCGGCGUCGGUCUGAGCAGCGCGGGCAGCGGCUGGCGGCACCGGAUCGGGCCUCGGCUCCUCCUCGCCAUGGGGGACGUGCUGUCCACGCACCUGGACGACGCCCGGCGCCAGCACAUCGCAGAGAAAACCGGGAAGAUCUUGGCGGAGUUCCUGCGCUUCUACGAGGACCAGUAUGGCGUGGCGCUCUUCAGCAGCAUGCGCCACGAGAUCGAGGGCACGGGGCUGCCGCAGGCGCAGCUGCUCUGGCGCAAGGUGCCCCUGGAGGAGCGCAUCGUCUUCUCGGGGAACCUCUUCCAGUACCAGGAGGACAACAAGAAGUGGAGGAACCGCUUCAGCCUGGUGCCGCACAACUACGGGCUGGUGCUCUACGAGAACAAAGUGGCCUAUGAGCGGCAGGUCCCACCCCGAGCCAUCAUCAACAGCGCAGGAUACAGAAUCCUCACCUCUGUGGACCAGUACUUGGAGCUUGUUGGCAACUCCUUACCAGGCACCACCUCGAAAUCGGGCAACACCCCCAUCCUCAAGUGUCCCACACAGUUCCCGCUCAUCCUCUGGCAUCCCUUUGCACGUCACUACUACUUCUGCAUGAUGACGGAAGCCGAGCAGGACAAGUGGCAGGCUGUGCUGCAGGAUUGCGUCCGGCACUGCAACAAUGGGAUCCCCGAGGACUCCAAGGUGGAGGGCCCCGCCUUCACGGAUGCCAUCCGCAUGUACCGCCAGUCCAAGGAGCUGUAUGGCACCUGGGAGAUGCUGUGUGGGAACGAGGUGCAGAUCCUGAGCAACCUGGUCAUGGAGGAGCUGGGCCCCGAGCUGAAGGCAGAGCUCGCCCCACGGCUGAGGGGGAAGCCCCAGGAGCGGCAGCGGCAGUGGAUCCAGAUCUCGGACGCCGUGUACCGCAUGGUGUACGAGCAGGCGGAGGCGCGCUUCCAGGGGGUGCUGUCCAAGCUGCAGCUGGCCCGGCCCGCCAUGGAGGCCGUCAUCCGCACGGACAUGGACCAGAUCAUCACCUCCAAGGAGCACCUGGCCAGCAAGAUCCGAGCCUUCAUCCUCCCCAAGGCGGAGGUGUGCGUGCGGAACCACGUCCAGCCCUACAUCCCGUCCAUCCUGGAGGCCCUGAUGGUGCCCACCAGCCAGGGCUUCACCGAGGUGCGGGACGUCUUCUUCAAGGAGGUCACCGACAUGAACCUGAACGUCAUCAACGAGGGCGGCCUGGACAAGCUGGGCGAGUACAUGGAGAAGUUGUCCCAGCUGGCGUACCACCCCCUGAAGAUGCAGAGCUGCUACCAGAAGAUGGAGCCGCUGCGGCUUGACGGGCUGCAGCAGCGUUUCGACGUGUCCAGCACCUCCGUGUUCAAGCAGCGAGCCCAGAUCCACAUGCGCGAGCAAAUGGACAACGCUGUGUACACCUUCGAGACCCUCCUGCACCAGGAGCUGGGGAAGGGGCCCACCAGGGAGGAGCUGUGCAAGUCCAUCCAGCGGAUCCUGGAGCGCGUGCUGAAGAAGUACGACUACGACAGCAGCUCCGUGCGGAAGAGGUUCUUCCGGGAGGCGCUGCUGCAGAUCACCAUCCCCUUCCUGCUCAAGAAGCUGGCACCCACCUGCAAGUCGGAGCUGCCUCGCUUCCAGGAGCUGAUCUUCGAGGACUUCGCCAGGUUCCUCCUGGUGGAGAACACGUACGAGGAGGUGGUGCUGCAGACGGUCAUGAAGGACAUCCUGCAGGCUGUGAAGGAGGCCGCGGUGCAGCGGAAGCACAACCUGUUCCGGGACAGCAUGGUCAUGCACAGCAGCGACCCCAACCUGCACCUGCUGGCUGAGGGGGCUCCCAUUGACUGGGGGGAAGAGUACGGUGGCAGUGGCGGUGACGGGGGCGAUGGCAGCUCGAGCCCUGGUGCCCCGGAAGCAGCCACCCUCUCGGAAAAGCGACGGCGUGCCAAGCAGGUGAUGUCCGUGGUCCAGGACGAGGAGGCAGGGCUGCCCUUCCAGGCUGGCUCAGAGCCACCAUCACCUGCGUCCCCGGACAGUGUCGCCGAGCUUCGUGGCCUGCUGUCCCAGGACCUGCGAGCCGAGAGCCCUCCACCAGACAGCCCCCUGCUCAACGGAGACCCUGCCCAGGAGAGCCCGCUGCCCGUGGCUGCUCCCAAGGCCUCUUCUCCACCCGCCUCACCUGUCCAGCAUCUCCUGCCUGGAAAGGCUGUGGACCUUGAGCCCCCCAAACCCAGUGACCAGGAAACAGGGGAGCAGGUGUCCAGCCCCGGCGGCUGCCCCGCCAUCCACACCACCACAGAGGACGGCGCGGGGAUGCAGACGGAGUUCUAGGCUGGUGGGCCCCUUCUGUUGGACACAGCACCCGGUCACUCCCUCCGAGGCACUGGGGAGGGCAGCCCAUCUGGAGGUGGGGCAGGGUGGGCGUGGCGCCGGGCCGAGUCACUCCUGGGUUCAGCCCCUCGCUCCCUGCCUGCUCCCUGCGGGCUGAUCUCAGACGUGGGCUCUGGUUUCGAGGUUCUCCUCUGUGCUGGGGGCUGGGAGCCCCCCAUCUGCCCUCCUGCUCUUGUCUGUUUCCUUCACGGGGGGUCUUGCCAUGCUCCUCGAGGAGAGGGAGACCGAACAUUGGGUGCUGCGCUGCGGAGCUGGGGAGCUGGUGACUGUCCCCCCAUCUCCCUAGGGCUUGUUGGCCUGGACAUGGAGGAAGGCAGAGCGCGGGGCCGUCUCCUGUCCUGUCCCCUCCUCGGCCUCCCUGCUGGGCCUGAGGCUAGUUCCAGAGUGGAUGCAGACCUCGCUGUCCCGCCUUGGCUGAGGGAGGGGGGGGGUCUUCAGGCCUGUCAGGCCGGGGGUGCUGGAGCGGGAGGCAGGUUUGGGGGCUCAGAGGAGAGUGGGACUGGGGGCCUGGGGUGAAAGGAGAAAGGCCUAGAAGGUGCUGAUGUGUGGAGCGGAAGUGUCCUGAGGGGAGGAUGGAGGUGACCUGGGAGAGGUCACAGUCACCUGAGUGAGAGGCCGAGAUGGCAAAGUGAGGGUUACUGGAAGCCAGAGAGGGGCUCUGCACCGCCCCGUUCUCCCAGGUCCCGCUGGUCUCCUUCCCGCGUCCCUGUCCCUCUGUGCCCCCACACUCCGUGGGCGGGUUGCUCAAGGCAGGGGUUCAGGUGGCAUGGAUUUUGCCCACUGGCUGGAUGAGGCUCCCCGAGACCCUGCUGAGGAUUUGGAGUCAGGCUGUGCGUGGCCUCUGAGUCCCAAGUAACCUCGUCCCGAGUAUUCCAGGCCUCUUCUCGAUGCCCUUGCAAAUCGCCUUGGGCUCAGCUGUUGUCCCUUCCCUUUAUUCCUGGUGUCAGGGUCUAGUCCCUCCCCAGGGCUUCCCCUGCCAUGUGAGGGAAGGCGGGGUUAGGCAGGAACUGUCCCUACAAGGUCCCUGGGGUGGUGGUGUCUCCCCAGCCCUGCAGCCUCUGUGCCCUGGACCUGCUCCCCAGGACAGGGGCCUUCGACCCACAGGAUGGUGGCUGGUGCUCAGGGACCCCCAGUCCCGCAGCCCCAGCCCUGGUUGUGUCAUGACCUCUUCCGAUGCUCUCCUCUAGUGCCUUGGGGGUUUCGAUCAUGGUUCCCAGAUAUGGUAUUAAAGAUCCUAUGCAAACUG